UCCCUCCGUGCGCAGGCGGUCCGCUGGCAUUCUUCGUAACGGAUGGUGGAGGUUGCGUAAAGAGUACCUCGGCGUCAUUUGAGCUCCUGGUCCAGCUGUGUCCUAGAGGCAUCGGGGGCAGUAAAACUGCGGUGAUCGCGCAGGCGGCCUGGCCGAGAGGCAGAACGUAGAGGUGACUCCGCAGGAGCGCUGGGCCGGGUUCUAGCCGUCGGUGCAGGUGCAAUGAAAGCCUUCCAUGCUUUCUGUAUUGUCCUGUUGAUGUUCGGGAGUGUCUCUGAAGCUAAGUUUGAUGAUUUCGAGGAUGAAGAAGACAUAGUAGAAUAUGAUGAUAAUGACUUUGCUGAAUUUGAGGAUGUCACAGAAGAUUCUGUUACUGAAGCUCCUCAACGAGUGAUAACCACUGAAGAUGAUGAAGAUGAGACCACCGUGGACUUGGAAGGGCAAGAUGAAAACCAAGAGGGAGAUUUUGAAGAUGCAGAUAACCAGGAGGGAGAUACUGAGAACGAGCCAUAUGAUGAUGAAGAAUUUGAAGGCUUUGAAGACAAACCAGAUACUUCUUCUAGCAAAAAUAAAGACCCGAUAACAAUUGUUGAUGUUCCUGCACACCUCCAGAACAGUUGGGAGAGUUAUUAUCUAGAAAUCUUGAUGGUGACAGGUCUGCUCGCCUACAUCAUGAAUUAUAUCAUUGGGAAGAAUAAAAACAGUCGUCUUGCUCAGGCCUGGUUUAACACUCAUAGAGAGCUUUUGGAGAGCAACUUUACCCUAGUAGGGGAUGAUGGAACUAACAAAGAAGCCACAAGCACAGGAAAGCUGAACCAGGAGAAUGAGCAUAUCUACAACUUGUGGUGUUCUGGUCGAGUGUGCUGUGAGGGGAUGCUUAUCCAGCUGAGGUUCCUUAAGAGACAGGACUUACUGAAUGUCCUGGCCCGGAUGAUGAGGCCAGUGAGUGAUCAAGUGCAAAUAAAAGUAACCAUGAAUGAUGAAGACAUGGAUACCUAUGUGUUUGCCGUUGGCACUCGGAAAGCCUUGGUGCGACUACAGAAAGAGAUGCAGGAUCUGAGUGAGUUUUGUAGUGACAAACCUAAGUCUGGAGCAAAGUAUGGACUGCCAGACCACCUAGCCAUCUUGUCAGAGAUGGGAGAAGUCACGGAGGGAAUGAUGGAUACAAAGAUGGUCCACUUUCUUACACACUAUGCUGACAAGAUUGAAUCUGUUCAUUUUUCAGACCAGUUCUCUGGUCCAAAAAUUAUGCAAGAGGAAGGUCAGCCUUUAAAACUACCAGACACUAAGAGGACACUAUUGUUUACAUUUAAUGUGCCUGGCUCAGGUAACACUUACCCAAAGGAUAUGGAGGCUUUGCUGCCCCUGAUGAACAUGGUGAUUUAUUCUAUUGAUAAAGCCAAAAAGUUCCGACUCAACAGAGAAGGCAAACAAAAAGCAGAUAAGAACCGAGCCCGAGUGGAGGAGAACUUCUUAAAGCUAACGCACGUGCAAAGACAGGAAGCUGCGCAGUCCCGGCGUGAGGAGAAGAAGAGGGCAGAGAAGGAGCGCAUCAUGAAUGAGGAAGAUCCUGAGAAACAGCGCAGGCUGGAGGAAGCUGCCCUGAGGCGUGAGCAAAAGAAAUUGGAGAAAAAGCAAAUGAAAAUGAAACAAAUAAAAGUGAAAGCCAUGUAAAGUCAUCCCAGAGACCUGAGUCCUGAUGCCACCUGUAAGCUCUGAAAUCAUAAGAAACAUAAAAAAUAGCAAUCCAUUUCUCAUCUUAAGGUUCAAACUCUCACAAGUGACUGAGAAAUCCCUAUUUCAUCAUCUGUUCAGUUUUUGGAGUUGUAAAGAGGUUAUACGUACAUUGGAAGGACUCUCAGUAAUUUUCUUCCAGAUAAUCAAAUUAUUUUGAUUAUUUUAUAAAAGGAAUGAUAUAUGAAAUCUGUAAUUUUAAAGUAUUUUAAAAUUUAUAACAUGAAUUAUCAGUGCUUUCAGUGGUUUGAUGCUUGAAGAAAUAUGAAAUUUAUAGAUAAAUAAUGAGUGUUGCUUUUGUUUAAACUAGGCAGUUGAAAUGGCUUUGAAGACUGUCUCUCAACCAAGAUUCCACAAACAACUCUUGGAAUUGCACAAUAAACAUUGGUGUUUUUCUUCUGUGUUUGCAUUAAACUUGUAAAAAAGGAAACUUUAAUACACUAAAUGUGGUAUUGAAAUUUCAGGAACUCAAAACAAUGUAGUUCAGUAUAUGUUUUGUAGGUGGGAAGUCCUGAUGGCAGUAUUACAGGAUAUUUGUAGACUUUAGGAUACUUAACAUGUACAUGGAAAAUUCUAGGGAUAAGUAGUACAGGAGCACAGUUUCUUCAUUACCUGAUACCAUGAGCUAAUGACAAUGUGAAUGCUGUAUUUUAAGUGGUUUUAUGUUUUUCUUGAUAUAAAAAAUGCAUGGAAAAUUAACUACUUCACCUAGAUCAGCUCAGUGGUCCUAUGUGAAGUCAUAAAUGUUUUCCUUCAUGGUUGCCACAACCUAUUGGAUGUUCAUGGAGAAGCUGUAUUCUCUGUUACAGCUGUGUCCCUUUGCUUCUCCUUCUGCUUUUAUAUCUUCCACAGUUGAGACUGGGUAUGUUCUUUCAAAGAAAUAGCCAUGAAUAUGCAUAAAUACACUUUUAAAAAUGAGCUUUCCUGAACUAUUCAGAGUACUUUCUGCCUCUUGAGGAAGGAACUCUUGGGAGAGAGGCCCAUCUCUGUGCACAAGCAUUUAGCUUGUGCAGAUGUCUGCAUUUUAUAAAUGCUUCUUACUAAGAAAGCAUUUUUAAUUCACUGCUUGUACCAGGUAACUUUUGCAGGGGAUGAGAAAGGGUUGGGUGUUUUGGUGGGAGAGGGGUGGGUGGGUAUUUUUUGUUGAUGCUGUACAGCAGGUGUGUUCUGAGGCAGUAACAAGCUGCUAUGAAAACGGGAUGUGCUGCUGCCUUUUAACUGCAUGGAAACUUUUGACAUGAGUUUUUCUCUAGGUUAAUGCAGAAAUGUAUAAACUGGGAAAUUCAAAUGUAAUUUUUUAAUACAUAAAAUUAAGUUAUUAAAAUAACAAAAAUUUAAUUAAUGUAAUGCUAUAUAAUUCUAGAAUUACCCUUCUUUUACAAACCUUUAAAAUACAUUUUAGAAAUCAAAGUUGAUAUGCUUUGCUGUCUUCUGAUUAAUAAAAGCUUUCUUAAAGUCCCACACAUUUGGACCAUGGCAGCUAGUUUUGUAAUUUAAGUAUUCAUAUAAACUACCUAUGGACAUACAUUAAACUAAUUGACAAAAA